GGAAUUUGUAAGUUAUAAGAUAACAAAAACAAGAGAAGCAUUUUGUUUUUUAAAUAGAAACCAGAAAAGAAAAAUAAGAAGCAUUAACAUAUCGACGUGGAAAAAAAGGUUCAAAACCGCGUUGGCUUUCUCCUAUAUAAACGCUUUUGCUACUUCUCUUUCUCCUUCCCUUUUCUUCUGCCUUGUUUGGCCUCUCACCACUUGUUUACGUUUGUCAUUAGCUCUGUCUUUAGACCAGGUUCUCGAGGAGUAAGUAAAAACAUCGAUAAUCUUGCUUAGCAAGGAAAAAUGGAGAUUGGGUUCCCAAAAUAUGAUACCCUUCUGUUUGAUCUUGACGAUACCCUUUAUCCACUGAGCUCUGGGAUUGCUAGAGAAUGCGGACAGAAUAUCAAAGAUUACAUGGUGGAGAAGCUUGGAAUCGACAAGAGUAUAAUCCUGGAGUUGUCUAAUUCACUUUACAAAAAUUACGGAACUACCAUGGCUGGUCUCCGAGCCAUAGGUUAUGACUUCGACUACGACGAGUAUCACAGUUACGUACAUGGGAAGCUACCUUAUGAGAACAUAAAGCCAGAUCCCAUUUUGAGAAGUCUUUUACUUAGCCUGCCUCUUCGCAAGAUCAUCUUCACGAACGCAGAUAAGUUACACGCAGCAAGAGCCCUAGAGAGGCUAGGGUUAGAAGACUGUUUCGAAGGAAUACUCUGCUUCGAAUCAUUAAAUCCUACUAAUCGCGACAAGAUUAAUGAUAAUGAUGAGAUCUUUGACAUAAUCAGAUACUUGUCCGAUCAUGAACAGCCACUUUCCGAUUUGCCUAAAACACCAAUUGUCUGCAAACCAUCUGAGACAGCCAUAGUCAAGGCUCUUGAAAUCGCCAACAUCGACCCUCAGAGAACCUUGUUCUUCGAUGACAGUGUUCGAAACAUUCAAGCAGGUAAACGCGUCGGUCUGAACACAGUUCUGGUGGGGACUUCGCAGAGAGUGAAAUUUGCAGAUUAUGCGGUAGAGAACAUUCAUAACCUGAAGGAGGCUUUGCCGGAGCUCUGGGAAUCGGAGGCUAAGCCUGAAAAGGUUAGGAAGUUUACCGAAAAGCUCAGAAGAGUAUCCGUCAUUGUAUCCGCCGCCGCAACAGCUGAUCCUCUCACCGUUCUCGUUACCGGUGCCGGUGGAAGAACAGGGCAAAUUGUGUACAAGAAAUUGAAGGAGAGGUCGGAUCAGUUUGUAGCGAAGGGUUUAGUGAGGACAAAAGAGAGCAAGGAGAAGAUGGGCGGAGAAGAUGAAGUACUCAUCGGAGAUAUUCGAGAUCCUGCAGCCAUUGCUUCUGCCGUCCAAGGAAUCGAUGCUUUGGUCAUCCUUACGAGCGCUGUACCGCAAAUGAAACCCGGUUUUGAUCCUAGUAAAGGAGGCAGACCUGAGUUCUACUUUGAAGAAGGAGCUUAUCCAGAACAGGUUGAUUGGAUUGGUCAGAAGAAUCAGAUAGACGCUGCGAAGGCUGCAGGAGUUAAGCAGAUUGUGUUAGUCGGGUCGAUGGGAGGAACAAACAUUAAUAACCCACUGAAUAGUAUUGGCAAUGCCAACAUUCUGGUUUGGAAGAGGAAAGCAGAGCAGUACUUGGUUGAUUCCGGUAUUCCGUACACCAUCAUCAGGGCGGGUGGUUUGCAGGACAAGGAAGGUGGCAUUCGAGAGUUACUCGUCGGCAAAAACGACGAGCUUCUCGAGACAGAAACAAGAACAAUCGCAAGGGCUGAUGUUGCAGAAGUCUGUGUUCAGGCGUUGCAGCUUGAGGAAGCAAAAUCCAAAGCACUUGACUUGGCCUCAAAGCCAGAAGGAACAGGCACACCAACAAAGGAUUUCAAGGCACUUUUCGCUCAAGUAACCACUAGGUUCUGAAUCUUCUGUUUAGUGGUUUUUUUUCUAUCUUUGUCCUUUGUAGCAGAGUCAUAGGAUUAGACACUGUGAGGGAUGUGAGUUUCUUUGUCUUGUCUGAACCGGCUUAUUCUAUUUCUCAAGAGGGGGGUCUUGCCCGAGAUUCUAAGCAACAUCAAAAAGCUUUUGAAAUAUAUUUAGAGAUCAUCAAAACUCGCAAAUGGCAAUGAGGGACCACAACUACUAACUAGGAGCUCAGAUUCCAAGCUCAAGAGUUUUCCAGAAAUAGUAUAGCAAUUAGCGAAUAUAAAGGAGUAAAAACAUCUUAUUUCAAUGUAGCAUUGGUCCUCGUGUGUGUACAUUGGAGAAUUCAAAACCUCCUCUCAAAACCAUAGUUUCUCUAAGCUUCCUCUUAUACCGUUAUACGUGUUACAGUCUAGACAAGUUAACUCUGCUAGCAAUAUACAAACUCUCUGAUCAUCCCUAGCUACAAGAAUAACGUUAGGAGAACCUAGCUGAGAAAGUCAUUAUACGUGACUUACAUCAAUAGUAGUAUCUUUUAAACAAAUUCUUCGAGCCGCGACACUCUCUUCUUUCAUCUGCAAAAUAGGAGUAAAACAAAAGAGAUGGUUUCUUGUAUGCUUUGCAUUAGCAAUCAGAUCAAGCCUUGGAAUCUGGUUUCCAGACAGAAAGAGCCAUGACGGUUCUUCCCUUCCAGCCUUGCAAGAGCCACCGGUUAUCUUGAUCGAUCACAAAAUCCUUGUGGUAGAACGUGUGGACCUUAUGCAGAGACGUCUUCAUGAUGCUUGGGUCAAACGGAACUUGCACCAGCCCUGACCUCAUAGCUCUGACAUGCCACUGCUUGUACGUCUCAGGCCUCUCCACUCUUUCCCAGCCUUCGCAGGCAAUCACAUUCAGCGCCUCCCUCCCAAACACCUCCAUCUCAAGGAACAUCCUCUCUUCGUCUUCCCGUGGCACGAUCGUCUCAAGCAUGUCGAAAAUCGAGGAGAAAUGAAAGAGAGCCUCUCGGAACCGCGUCACAAAGAACGGAGCGUUGUACGCACCGUUCACAAUGCCAAAGACGAAAAGAUCGGGACUGAUCUUCCCUAUCAGAUUGAGAACAGCGUCUCUACAGCUCUCUUCCUUGACCGACUCGUCAUGCAAGUUCUCAGCCCUGUACAGACAAUUAACAACAGUAAUCUCGUCCCUGUCGAUAUCAAGAUCUUCAAGUUGAAUCGCAUCCCACUUCUUAGCAAUCGCUUUAUACUCGAACGGCACACCAAACUGUUUGGCAUACGCCGCUAACCUCUGACCGGUUUCUUCUACCCGCUGCGACGGGCGAAAACCGGGCUGCGGAAACUCAAUACCGGUGAUCCUAACCUUGGGUGAACCAUACAUGGAGAAGCGGUGGAUAAGAGUUGGCCACUGGAAACCAUAGAGGAUACCAAAAUCAAUGACAUGAACCCUCGGAGACUUCCCGACAAGGUCUCGUAUAGUCUUGUUGGUUAUGAAAUAAGAGAGCUUCCUAAAAGGGCAACACGCGAGGUAAAGCUGGUGAGCCUUAAGCACGGCUGCAGCGGAUCUCGGUUUACUCACAAUCCCUUUGUAAAUCUGGCUUCCCGUACCGGCUAACCGGGCCUCGAGACCAUUAGCAAAACAGUGAGCCAGUCUCUGGUUCCCGUCGCCGAACGGCGUAGAGUGCUGCCGUAUCUGUUUCAGCAACUGACCCGCACACCUCCGGUCAUCAGCUGCAACAGCUUGAGCACAAUGUAUCAAAAGACUUCUCAAAUCCACAACUUCUCUUUUCCCGUUUUGCCCUCCUCCUCCUCCUCUCCCUCGUCCUCUUCCUCUCGCUCGCCUCUUACCUUCUUGAGGCGCUGAGGUUUUCUUCUUCUCCACUCCUUUCUUCAGUACUUCACGCAACGCAUCAAACUCCUUCAUGCUAUCUCCACCUGGGACAUGAACCAAGAUCUUAUCCACCACAUCUGAUCUCAAAAUGGUUUCAGGGAACACUGCAGGUAGUUUGCUACAUCUCUCUUCUUCCACAACGAUCUCGUCUCGGUUAGGGUUCUUCCUUCCUUUGCUGUUCCUACUGUUCUCAUCUCUGAAAUUCACAAUCAACUCGUCCUGCUCUGGAAGAAACCUGCUAGCUUCUUCAAUCCCAUGCCUAAACAGCCAUACAGAUUGAUUCUCCCGGUUCACAUCAGGGUACAAAUCAUUCGGCGAUUCCUCUAAUCCAUCUCCAUAGAUGUUGAUUAAGCCACUGGAAGAGCUAUACGGAGAUUGCGGAACGCUUAGAACCGAGGAAAGACUCUGAGGAUUCCGAAAAUCCAAGGUGAAACCACUCCGAGGCUUGAUUCCACCGUUCCCGACGAUAAACCCGCCUGAGCCGAUACGAUCUCCGGCGUAGUUUCCGGGGACGACAUGGUCAAGGUUCUCGCUGUUUCGCUCGGCGAAAGCUAGGCUUGGCUCUGGAGAAGGAGGAUACUUCUUACCGAUGGCUUCGUAGAGCGACCUCUCUGCGGCUUCGAGAUCGAGAGACUCCUGUAGCAUACAGACUUUAUCCUCCAUGUCUUCCUCCAUCAACAUCUGGCUAAUGUACCCUAAAACGGCGUCGGAGAAAUCGAAGUCGUCCGCCGGAUCAUCUUCUUCCCGCGUAAAAACGUAAUUCUCCGGCGCUGAUGUCACGACGGUGUUCCUAUGGUCCGAGAGAUGAUUGUAAUUGAAGCCGUCGAAUAGUGUUACCGGAGUGAAGCUAUGAUUCGGGAGUGACGACGCGGAUUGAUCGGGUAAACGGGUCCGAUUGAUCGUACCCGAGAGCCCGUUUAGACCUGGAUCAGUAAUCAUAUGGAUUCUUCCAAAACGAAUUUGAAUCCGAUUGAGAAGUUAAAGAAGAAGAUGACUAAAGGAAGAAGGAAAAAGAAGAGAGAGUAGUAGACGACGAGGUAGAGGGUGGAGGGGACCAGAGAGAAAGAGAG